UGCCUGUCCUCCUAUACCCAAGCUAUGCUUCUGGGUGGCCUGAAGCAGCUGAGGUUUCAGCUGCGAACAGUAGAGUCCACCUUGACCCGGGGCAGCUGGCUGCGGUCAGUGUGCCGCAGCAGCAGCGGGCUCCCCUUCCAGGAAGGAGAAGGGAAGGCAUCUUCCUUUUCAGAAACAAGAUGGAAAGACACAGCAGAGACAGUAAUCAUUGGAGGUGGCUGUAUUGGUGUGAGCCUAGCUUACCAUCUGGCCAAAGCUGGAAUGAAGGACGUGGUGCUUUUGGAAGCAUCGGAACUCACUGCUGGAUCUACAUGGCAUGCAAGCUCAUCACUGGGAGUUCCCUAUAUCAGUGAAAUCACAAGUCUGGUCCACUUCAAUACAAUCUCCACACCUACAAUUACUGCAAAUAAUUGUAUUUGGAAGAAGUAUUCAUUGUUGGAUUCAUAAUGAUUACUUUGUUCCUGGGAUAUCUCUUGCUGAAAAUGUUCACUCUGGCCUCAUAAUUUGCUAGACUACUUUGUAUCUUUUCUUUAUCUCCACAACCCCCUACUUUGUAUUAUAUUUAUUUUUGAUCGUGUUGGGGGCAGAGAACAAUUCAAUGGUGCCUUGCACAUGGUGCUUUAAU